AGUCUUUCACAUGAAAGAUAUUGGAGUUGCACUCUCGGAAGUCCCGUUCGCGCGGCUAUUUGAACUUGUCUUUCGAACUGACGUAAAUCUAAUUUUCUUCGCAAGUUAUAUAUACGUAUUAGCGCUCCUCUUUCACCUUUAUUCUGCGUAAAAUGAGAAUCGCACUUCGCUUUCGCAGUUUUUUUAUUGAUAUCCGAAACUGCGCAUGCUGAAAGUCCUAACCCAAAAUACUAUGGGAUCAAAUGGAUGAAGUUAAACAUUUAUUUGAAAUAUGAACGUUUUCUAUAAAUCUAAGUCUCUAGGAAUGACACUUAUUAACAGCAUAAGUUUGAGAAUGUCGAAUCCAUUUUUCAUCCUAUAUCAGUACUCGCUUCAUGUUUACUAGCUUCCGAGAUGAAAAGAUGGCCGCAGAAGAAACUUCAUAUGAAAACUUGUAUCAUCAGCAGGAUUUUGACUGCCAGAGCCCAGGCGCAGUUUCGCAGCCAAUUCUGCAGUACCGAUCAGAAAUACUAUCACAAACGAAUUCCCCACCUCCGUCGUAUCACAAUAUUCCAGGAAAUGCUCUUACUCACGUUACAUCCGAAAGAGGAGCUCCACCUUCCUAUGAAGAAGCAAUUGAUCCUAAUGCUCCCCCACCAUCAUAUGAUUCACUUUUUGGAAGGGUUCGAGAAGCUCACAAGUCAUCAAAGGGAGUUUUUGAUUUCUUGAAAAAUGUAGUCAUUCUUCUUCUUGGAACAAUUGGCUGCACGAUAAUAUUGGGUGUAACAAUAGUGGUGCCCAUAUGUAUGAUAGUGAUUGGUUCUGUCUAUUUACACGACUGUCCUAAGGGAGAAUAUAUUCCCAUUUAUCUUCUUGUCGGUGGUGGCUUCGGUGUGUUGAAGCAACUACUGCACUUGUCUGCAAGAGUUCGCCAACGUGAAGAGGAGCAAGAAGAGGAAAGGUUAAGGCAGUCCCCUACCCAGACUCUCAUCAAUUGUUUUAUGUUGGGAUGGUUUAUAAUAGGUUCAGUGUGGGUGUAUAAAGUUUAUGAACCAAAUUAUGAUCCAUCUAAAGGAGUGGAUUAUUGUAAUCGCACUUUAUAUUUAUUUGCAUUUUGGCUGAUUACAUCUGUCUACAUCGUGUUGGCCUUCGCCACGAUGUGCCUGUGCAUAGCUGUUGCAUCUAUAGCGUUUCAACGAGAGGUGUGACUGGUAUGAAAUGGGAUGCCUGCAGAACUACUGGUAACAUUCACCCAAGUGGGCAACAGGAGUUGGAAAGCUUCUUGCUGCUUUCAUAUGCACAUAUUGUCAUCCGUAUGUUUACCUAGAAUGUGAUAUUUAAAUAUUUGAAAACAAUUUUGCUUGGGUUUAAUACCGUCAGCCUGAAAAUGCAUUUGUAUUAUAGGCAGAAAUUAACACCAACAAAAUGUAUAUUUGUCUUUGUAACUUAUUGGAAAGUAUCUGGGUCCAAUUGAUGACAUCAUUUCUUGUGAACUGGAACUAUAGACUUGAGGCUCAUUUAUUUUUGAUACAGAUGUGUUUGCAAUGGAAUAUGCAUUUUGCUUGUCUAAAACAUAAUUUAACACUGACUAUAAAUAUUACUCUGACAUAAUUGAUCUGACAAGAAGUUUCAUCAUAAUCUACCAAUGAAUAAGUCUUUUGGUGUUAUUUAUAUUGGAAAAAGAAAGCACUGCUCUUUGAAGACUACAUUGGUUUAAAAUUUUGGAUGGUUUUAGAUUCACUUGAAGCACAAGUUAUUAUUAAUAAUAAUGCUUAAAAGAUGUUGCUUGUUUUUGCCACUGUAUAGUUCUUUGAACAUUUUUACAAAUUAAAAAUUUUAGAUAUAUGUUUUCUAAUUACAGAAAAUAACUUGAGUUUAUUAAUUAUUAUUGUAGAUGAAAACAAUGGUGCUUUAUCAAUGUUUUAUGGAUAUAUUGCUCUCUUGUCUUGCAAACACACAUUAUUACUGAAGACUUUUCUGCACUGAUGAAAAAUAUCUCAUCUUUGCAAUUACAAAAUAAUUAAAUUAUGUUAAGGAAAGUAUUACUUACAUUGUGGUAUAUAUUAUUUUUGUUGCAUUUAUUAUUACUAGAUUUUUUGUAAAGAAAUAAUUGGCUUUCUUUCUUUAGUCUGUGUUAAGCAUUUUCUUCUAAUGAAACAUUUAUUAUUCCUUCGUAUAUCUUCUUAGGUUUUUUCUCCCCUGUAUGUUAUAAAAAAUAAAAAGUUCUAGUAGCAUGAAGAAAGAUGCAGUUGCUGAUGUUUGCAAUUUAUCUUUGUAUUGAGAUUUUUAAAAAUAUUUUAUAAUCGCAUAGAAACUGAAAGAAAUUUCAUUAACCCAUUGCACUCGUACAACAUCCCAGAUGUGACAUCUUGGAACGUCCCUCUAGCUCAGAGGUAUUAGGAGGUUUUGUACCCUACAGCUCAAAUGGCAUCUCUUGAAUUUCAUUAUGAAUUGGCUCUGACUCAGUCAGCUUGCUCACAUGGCAGGCUUCUCACCUCAGCUAUAUUACCUUCCAACAAAUUAUCAGUAAAAAAUAGCUGGCAAGUAUACUGUGUCUUGCUAUCUUUUAAUUGUAACUGUGAUUUAAAUUGAAUUGAAUUUUGGAAACUGGUACCUGUGUUGGACCGCAGAGACCACUUCAGGGUUCUUGUUUUGUUUUGUACUGUCAACAGUAUCAUUUUCACGUUCUAAAUUAUAUUAAGGAUCACUAAAUAAAGCAUCAUCUCUAUCAUUGCUCUCAUCUAUGCUUAUAAUACAUAAAUUUGAAAACCAUUUUGAAUUCUGUGUUAACCAUACUAACACAAAGUGACUGGCUCAAAUCAAAAACAAAAGUAUUGAACUCUAGAUAUAAAUAUUUCUGAAAACAGAGAAGAUUCAUCGAAGCAGAAUUUCAAAAUUAGCAUUUAAACUAAUUGUUGCAUCAAUUUAUCUUAUCAAAUAAUAUAUUACUAGAAUCAUCAUCUCUCUGAUCCUCUACAAGUUCAGCGGAAAAUUGUAUGCCAUUCAGCAGAUGCCUUUCAUGUUAUGGACAAAGUUGGUGUGAAAUAUAUAGGUAUUGGUCCCUUCAUCCUACAAGUGACGUUUUUUGUAUUAGGACAAAACAAUAAUAAAUAAUUUUGAGUGCAAAGGGACUCAAUUGGACUAAAAAAAAUUGUUGGCCAUUUUGUUAAGAUCUCUUGAUAUGUGUGAUGAUGUAUACUUGAUUUGUAUUCAUCCCCACUCAGUCAGUCAGCUUCCAGAUUCUCUUACAGACUGCAUUAUUUCUUAGAUUUUGAGAGGGGGGGGGGGUAAAUGUAGAUUAAGUAUGUUGUGUUGCUCCUUGCACUUUGUUGCCAAAUGAGAUGAGAGCCUUUCUUGCAGAGCAUUGUUUCAUAUUCUAGGAGCCGUAGCCAUAAUUAAAAUAUUUGAUUAUAUUAUUUCUUGUUGUAACUGCCACAUAUCCACUUUCAAUUAAAAUAUUUGAGUGAAAUUAAUUUAUUAUUGAAAUCAUAUGUAAUUUAUAAGGCUUAUGUUAAGGAGUUUAUGUGGGAAUGUUUAUAUCUUUCUGUAUGAUGAAUGAAGUGCUACUAGAUUGCUUAGAUAGUAGUGACAAGGAAAGUUUAUUCACAGUUCAUUGUUAUUCAAUAAACAUACAAUAUCCUUUUGCUUAUAAAAGUUUUUUUAUAUGAUGUCAUCUUUAUAAAUGUAAAUAUAUGUAUUUAUAGAGCAUCUCACCAACUUAAAUGGACACGUUCAGUAACUUGUAAUCAGUACAUGAUGUUGAAAAACAGAUUUUGUACAAUAACAUGACAUUGUGCACAAGUAAUUGUCAAGUGAUUAUUCAUUAUAAUUUUAUUGACAAUUUUAUUGACAAAGGUGUGUGAAAUAAGUGAGAGGCCAAGGCACCAUUGGUGACUAAUUUUGCUCAUUAUUGCUUUCUUGAAAAACAAAAGGAAAUAACCAGUACCACAUGUAGUUUCAUAUAGCACAAAAUAUACUAUUGUGAACCCACUUGUAAUUUUUAAUCAUUAACAAGUGAUGUAUCAUUAUUUUGUAGAUUUGUUUUUUGCAGAUGAAAAACCAUAAUUACAUUUAAAGUAAUGAUUCCUUUAACUCUCAUAAUAAAUGAUUACAUGCACUUGCAGAAUGAUGUAUCACUUGCCCCAAGAUAUAAUAUUGUUGAUCAAAAUCUGUAUUUCGAUAUCAUGAACUGUUUAGAUGUUUUAGAAGGUGUUUAUAAUUGGAGGGUUAUAUAAAUAUUACUUCUCAUUCAAUGUGUCAAGCUCAGUGUCAGCUUGUGUCAAGAUAACAUUUGCUGCCUUUUUCACAAAAAAUUGUAUAACAACAUUUAUACCACUUGUACUGUAAAUCUUGUAGGAUAUUUACUUCAUCUGUAGUUAUUCUCUUAGUAUUCUAGUUUCUCUGUAUCUGUAAAUAAGAACUAUAAAUAUGAAAUGUAUUUCAGUAAUGAAGCUUACAUUUCAGAGAAAGAGACUGAUAAAUGUUGCUGAGUAGGUAAAUAUUGUAAUAAAUUGUAAAUUCAUGCAGUAUAUUGCUUUUGUCUUCUUAAAUUGUAACUCGCUUCAAGCAGAGGGAAAUUUUAUAGAGAUGUGAGCUGUUAUAGAAGUAACAUUGAGGCAUUAGGCAAGACAUUUUAGAAAUGAAAGGUGAUACCUCAUCAGAAUUUCCUGAUAAAUAUUAAUGUUAAUAUAUAAUUUUUGUAUUAACUUUUUUUUUUUAGUAUGAGUCAAGUAAAAUAGUAUAUUAUUGUAUGUAUAUUCAACUGCAAUUUUAUUUAUGUAUUAAGAAAUUAUAAUUAUGCAAGUGUUCAUUGGACUGGAGCAAGUGAUCUCUUUUUUUAAUGAACAGACUCUUCGAAUUUGCUAACUUGAUUAGAUAAAUUAGACAGAAGUUUGCCAACUACUUUUGAAUAAUUAUGUGAAAAUAUUGUAAGUGGAAGACAUUAAACUCUUGGCUUUACUCCCAUGCAAAAGGAGCAUCAGUUGGGGACAAUCAUAAAAUAAAAUAAUAAGUCCUCAGUUGAGAUGAAACCUACGUCCUUGGUGUAUUAUAUUAUAACUGCCAGUACUUUUAGAUGCCUAGUGACAGUUAUAGAAAUGGUUUUUACUGUAUUUUCUAUCAGAAUAAUUUAAAUUACCAAGAUCAAAAUGGAAAGUAGAAUAAUGAGUCUGAAAAUUGCAUGUCUACAGACCUUAACUUAAAGAUAAGACACUUAACAAAAUUAUUUUUCACCAUUUAUUAAAGUGAACAAUUCAUUAAAUUAACUAUGCAAUUUUAUUUAGAUAAUUUUCUCAUUUGAUCAUGUUUGAAAAAGAAUGUUUUUGAAACAGUUUUCAUAAUGCAUGUAACCUGAAAUUAUUUCAAAAUCUUAAUUCUAUGUUUCUAAAAAAUAAUUCCAUUAAAUAACCUGAGAAGAAGUAAAAUUUAUCAGUAAAUAUCUGUAAUAUAUUUACAAUACUUGUUGAAUUUGAAAACCCUGGAAAUAAUAAUGUUCUCCCAACAUUUAUUUUUUCUUCAAAAGUUUGUUUUUAUCCUCUGCUGCUGUGAGUGCCUUAUCUUAGAAUGUGAUAGAUUGUUCUGUAGGAUUUCAUUAAUGUAUUUUAUAUAUUACAAUGAACCCUUUGUGAUUCUGCUUAUAAUUUCAAAUGUUAACUUCUACUAUUUUGAGUUUAAUCUGAUUCUGGUGUAAUGAUCCUGAUAAAGAAAAAAACAAAUUGAAUUAAAGGCAUGUUAAAUGUUGUUACAGGUUGAGUAGCAGGCCAUGUUGGUACUGCAGAUUUAGGAAAUUAAAAUCUAGAGAAUGUUGGUUCAGUUUGGUUCUGAAAUUGAGCCAUAGAUGAACUGGUUGCUGUAAUCCUUACUGAUCUUCCACUCUUUGUGCUCAUUUUAAGAUAUACAGAGCAUGCCUUCUGCAACUUUAUUACAUCUCUCCUGUUACUUACCUACAUUAUUCUAGUAGUUACAAAAAAAAAUAGUUGUCCUUCACCUGUGUAUACACUUAUAUCCGUGAUGUGAUGUUUUAAGAAAAUUCUUGUUUUCAUGUAUUGUUCUAGGUAGUUUCAUCACAGUUUGUGCCAUUCCCAUAAGAUUUUUAUACAUGUUUUAUGAGAGUAUUUAUUGGUGUUCUGUAUUUAGAAACUGCAUGAUAACUGAUCAAAUUGUUAUUUCUACAAGUAAAAUUUAGAAGAAAUGUGGAAAAAUUGCAGGAGAAUAUAGUUUUGUGUUUGCUGUUAAUAAUAUGAAUAGGUUACAUCUUUGAAUUUGCUAGAAUAAAGUCUAUUCUGUUCUUCUGAAAUUUUAGAAUGUCAAUAUAUUAUCCAUGAGUAAAUAAAAAUUCAUAAACUACCUCUUGAAAUGUACCCAGAAAAUUUUAUACCCUAGGGUGAAACUGUCUUUAGAAAAUAGUAUUUGAUGAAUCUCUAUUGUGCAGUUGUCAUUUAUUUAAACAGAAAAGGGUAAUUGUACUAAAGAUUUAGGUGAACAACUUGUUUUGUGCACUCUUGAUCUAAACAAUUAUGUACAUAUUCAAGUUCCUUCAGCUAUGUUCUUUCUUUUGUCACUAAUGUAUCAGUUUUAUGUAAUUUUCUACAGAUAAGUUUUAUAUUUUAUAUCUGGUGCAUUUUGUACAACCAAAUGAAAUGUCAAUUUAAAUUGAACAUUAAUAUUCUUAUACUGAACUUAUUUGCAAUGAAUAACCUUCGUAUUGUUUGUACCGAUGAGUAUAUUACAAGGUGUAGCAGGAAUGCCAAUUUUAACCCAUUAAAAAUUCAUUAGCUUUAAGCUUCCAAGCUUUUUAGACUGUACCCAUCAUCAAAUAUGCAGUGGUCAUAAUGGAUUAUUCUUCCAAAGGCUCCUGCGGUUGUCUUUUCUUCAAAGGUCUUCCCACACUUCCCUUCAUAUCUUUGCUUUUAUGUCCAUCUCUGCCUGUUGUUUCUUGAUAGUGUCUUAAAAACUUCAAUUGUGCUGCAUGUAGAUAUAGUUCCUUUUCCAGAAUUUAUGUUUCAGAUCCAUGCUUUAACAUCAAUUUAGCUGAGAGGAGUGAUAUUUUAAAUUUUGAUUCAGGUUAUGUACCUGUAUUUGCAAAACAUGUUUUGUAUUCUGCAUUUUCUAUAAUAGUUCUUUUUUUCUUCGAAAGCUACUAGGUGUUAUCACAUCACUCCGACCGUAUUAAUCUGAUAAAUUAAUUUGCUUGCUUACUCUACAUUUUUGGCAUAAAUUACAAUUCAAUUCUCUUUCAUUGUUUUCCACGCAUUGCAUUGACAUUUGUUUUCUGAACAAAUAUCUUUUAGGGAAUAUUUACAGACAACUUUAAUUUGCUGUUUUUUCAAAAAUUCUCUAAUUCUGCUUUUUGUUUGUCUGUAUACAGAUAGUGUGUGUAUUACUGACUUUUUUUUAUUGGAAAAUAUGGGUUUAUUUUCUUGCUUCACUCCUUACCAUGUGAUUCUUGCAUAUAGUGAAAACAAUAAAUAUAGAUUCAUCCUUGUCUAAUGCAAUUUGUGGUUGAUAUUCGAGCGAUUUACUCCCACUUUUGAACAGAAUCCUUGUUGAGAAAUUCUCAUAGAGUAUAAUUCCAAUGACAUUGACUAACGAGUUUCUUAAAUAUAUCUCAAAUUUUGAUUAUUUACUCUGAUAUGUUUAAUAUAAUAUUACAUAUGCCUCGGGGAAGGAGGGGGUUUAAUACUAGUAUCUAAAAGAGGUAUGCCCAAAUCCAGGUCCAGACUCUUCACAGUGGCCCUGCAGUCGCCUGCAGGCCACUCGCCUUCCUCUAGACUACAGCCAAUCACAUCUGAGAAAACAGCCUCUGUUGGGCGAACUCGACAUAAAGUGAGCCAAAUGCCCAGUGGCUGGAUAAGCAAGUGUUUGGUCAGGGCACCCACUUGAUCAGACCUGACCUAGAAUUUAAAAUUAUACAUUUUCAUUCCUUUUGCCUUCAUGACACCUUACUGAACUGUCUUUCUGCAGCCAGUGGUCAUUGCUACACCUUGUUUGCUUCCAGUUUGGCAUAUUUUGUCAUAAAAAAUUAAUAGUUUUUUGAGAAUUGUAUGUUGCAUUUGAAAAGCAUGUGAUGAGUGCUGACAAACAUGGAAAAUUUUCAAAUUCUGGAAAUGUGAGGAAAUUAAAAACAGAUCAAAUAACUGAUUCAUUCAUUCACCAUUCAUAAAUAAUUAAUUUAAAUGUUUGUGCUGCACACUGCAGUUUUAUUUGUGGUAAGAUGAAUGAAUUUGUUGGAAAAUUGAAUUACAUCCAGAGUGAUUAUUGAUUUUUUUUAAUGUCAUGUUUUGAUUUUGGCAUGCCUCCAGUUUCAGCAUCUUUUCAGAUUGAACAAAAGAAGAAAGCAAUGUUAUUUAGUUGGAAGGAAAUGUUAUUUGGUUGGAAAUUUUGCAAAGGCUAUUUUAUUUACACCGUUAGAACAAAUACAUACAUUUUCUUAGAAGGGAAAAUUUUCAAGUAUUAAUAUUCUUUUACCUAUCCCAUUGAUGUGUUCUGCAAUAAAGAAUCUGCUAUGAAAUUUUUCUAGAUUUUAAGCUAUAAAAUGCCAUUGUUAUACAUGCACAGUUAUAAAAUAAUGGUUGAAGCUUAUUUUCAAUUAUUUGGCAGCCUAGGAUAUGAUAUUGACCACUUGGAAUACUAUUUAAUGUGAAUGCAUUGUUACAGAGUAAAUGAAAAAUUAAAUAUGUUAAUAAAAUUGUAUUAUAGUAUCUCAUAAAAUGAAGAUUGCUGGACAUCAAUACCUAUUGUCAAUCACAUCUGUUAAGUUGUUAUUUUGAAUGAUCUAUUUUUUAUUUAAUUAAUUUGAAUAGUGAGAUGAUGCAUGUAGCAAUAAAUAUGUUCUGCUUGAAUGUGAUAGUAACCGUGCAGUAUAUUAAGGCAUUUGUCACUUUUUUAAUGUCUGAAUAUUUCUAUUUCAAGAGAGGUUUGAUGUAAGCCUCCUGUGAAAAUACCAUACCAAAUCUGUGAUAUUUAAUUUGAACUGUUUAUUUUCUUUACUUAAUGUACAUGUGCUGUGUGUUGAGUGUAUAGUUAUGUAAUUGACAGUCAUUAAUUUGUAACUGUUUUAGGGAGAUGGUGAUUUGAAUAUAAAAUGCAAGUGGACGUUUGUUGAUCUUUUUAACAUCUCUAAAUAACAUUUUAUGUGCUACUGUACACAUUUUUGUGGAUUGUGUGGUCAACAAAUUUGUAAAUUUAAAUGUUUACUUAUUACAAUUUUCAAUACAUUGGCC